GUUACACGACUAAAGGUUGGUCAUUUCCGCACCAGACUCACUGUUGUAGUUAGCAGUCAACGAUGGGUGAUAUUUGAGCAACAAAGUAGCUAACCGCUAGCUUUUCGUAAAAUAACAGAUCGAAGUGUAUAUUUUAUUUUUCAAACGCUUGUUUCUUUAUCUAAACGUUAAGCCAAGAUGAGUCUGUCGAAUUCGAUUACACGAGCCACUACGAUGUUGCAUAUUCAAAAUGGAGGAUCUUCGUACCUAGCUGAUGAUGCUAGCCCUUUGUACUAUUUCGACGGGGCCGUAUGUGCUUUGGCGUCACCGAAGUCUAAAGUGGACUUGGGAAAUGGGACUGGCGAUACUCCACCACGACCCACGACGUUAGGGGUGAAUGUCGUGAAAAGCAACGUCCUCGAUAAUCAUUUGUCAGACCGAAGCAACAAUGACGACUCUUUGCCCUGCACUCCUCAGACGGCGUCAGAAUGUGGGCCUGAACUAUCGAAUUGUCCAUCGGGCGAUGAAGUAUUGGAACAUGAUACCAGACAACUCAUUGAUAAUUUUUUGGCGGAAUACACUGGACUGUCUCAGCCUCGAUGGAAGCAAAGCAAGCCUCUUACGACGAUGAAGCGAGUGGUGGAGGACGUAAUAGCAAAGCAUCGAUACGCAUACAAUGGUAUGAUCGCCAAACUUGACUUAGAUGAGCGAUGCGAUGACGUGAGCGUCAUCAAUUCUGUGGCCAAGACCAUGUUCAGUGAUGGGAUCACAAACUGGGGUCGCGUCGUCAGCCUGGUGGCAUUUGGCGCAGUGGUGAGCCAGCACCUGAAGGAGAGGGGCAGGGGACACUGCGUUGAGUUGGUGGGCCAAGAGAUUGCCACAUACCUCCUCUCUGACCAAAGGGACUGGCUGGUCAAAAACAAUGCUUGGGAUGGAUUUGUAGAGUUCUUUCAUGUACAAGAUCCUGAGUCCUCAGUAAGGAACACCCUCCUAGCCUUUGCUGGAGUUGCUGGGAUUGGGGCAACACUCGCCAUGUUGAUCAGGUGAAUUGAACUAUAAAAGACUUACCUGUUACUUUUUUUCCAAUGAAGAAAAUGGACUAUUUCCGCAAGUUCUCUGAAAUCCUUAAUAUCACCAUGGUUGGAAUGACUACCCAGUGAUGUCCUGCUUAGUCAAAGAAGAGGGUCGGUCUGUUGGAUUAUAGUGACGGACUGAAUUGGGACGGCGCUUUGGUGUCAAGCUCAAGUUUGCUUUUUUCCUGCAUCAAUAUUUUGGUGCCUUUUUUUGUUUGAGGCCAUUUGAGGGUAUUUGGUAGUUGUCGGAAACAGUCUCCAAAUAUAUUCAUCUGACUACUUAAUCUAAUGGACCUGUUAAAUGGCGCUUUUAUUUAAUGUAAAAAGUACAGACAUUUUAUUUUUGUAAUAAAUGUAUAGUUGAAUUUAGACUCGUACAAAGUUAAUUCAUCUGUAAAUUUUCACCUCUUUUUAAGUAAUCAAGAUGGAAAAGCACUAGCUAAUAGCUAUAAUUCACAAUGGCAAAGUUCCGCCUCUGACCAUAAAGUUGGCUCAAAUGACUUGUUUCUAUUCCUUGUGAUAUUAGUCAUACAUGUACAUACAGGGAUUGGUGUAAGAAAGGCAGAACCUGCAUUGAACUGACCACUGAGGGCCUUAGAAUUCAACUAAGAAGGUAUACCCAGGUUAUGGGCAUUGAAAAUGGAAAGUGCUUACAGCAGAAAGGCUUUAUUUUACAUGCAAUUAAUUGCCUUGCAUGUAUGUCAUAAAUCCCCUAUUACACCUACACCACAUUCAUAAGUCCAUAUUCCUGUUCCUUGGGGUAGAUUUGCCAGUCUUGCCUGGCAAUGCAUUUGCGUGGAUGCAAUGUGACUUCCUGGUUAAGGAAAUCUUGUGGCUGUUGCACUAGGCUUUACUGGGAGGGGGAAGGGGGGACCUGUUUGAAAGUCAAUUGAAAAUUCCAUUCUCAAGACUAUGCUGAUUUGUAUUUGAAGUGUUUCAUUUCCAAAUUAUAUCCAUGUAAAUGAAAUGUGCUCGCAGGUAUAUGUUUUAAAUAUGAGCAUAAAGAUUGCACAUGGUAUCUGGCAUUGGUUCAAUAGAGGCAAGAUCAUCUGGACAGUGAAUGUGUACAGCAGUUCCACCCAACAAACUAGCACUAACCCUCCUGAUACAUCUUGCUAGGCAAAUUCCUGUAAUCUCCUGAAGUUAAAUGAUUUAAAGGAUAAAAUCAUGCAACUUUAUUCACUUUUGUGACUGCAAUGAAUAAAGGAUGUGACUUUA